GGCCUAGGACGAUUGAACUCAGGUGUGUAUUGUCGCACACGAACACAGACAACCGUCAUCUCAUCGUUCACCUGGUCAUGUUUUCUCCUCAUGGCGCUCGUUUGCCGAUUUGCGACUAUAAGAAUCGCACACACACGUUCAGUGGUUAGGGAGCUUAUGUCAUUUGUGUAACAUGGCGUCCAACGAAAAUAGCGAUUCUCAGAAAGUUUUGGAGUUUAAAAUCUACAAGUACUCCAGCUUUUCGUCAUCCUACGUGCCAGAAAACAUCCUCUUCGACAAACCAUCGGAUCAGACAUCGCGGUGGUCGUCUGAUAUUGACAAUCAUCCACAGUUUCUUAUAUUGAAGUUGCAAUGCCCAUCGAUCGUGAAAACAAUUACAUUUGGAAAAUACGAGAAAACACAUGUAUGCAACAUAAAAAAGUUUAAAGUAUACGGCGGCUUGGAAUCGGAGAAUAUGAUGGAGCUGUUAGAGAGCGGAUUGAAGAACGAUUCUACGUCUGAGACGUUUGAUUUAAAACAUAUACUGGGAAAUAAGGGCAAUUACUUUCCAGUUAGAUAUCUAAAAAUUCUACCGUUGCAAUCAUGGGGUCCCAGUUUUAAUUUUUCUAUCUGGCAUGUACGAUUAACUGGAAUUGAUGAUCCUAAAAUAGUUAAACCUAAUAUCGAAUGGUUUAAUGUGUAUCGUCAGAAAGAAGUAAUAAGACUCUGUAUGAAACACUUCAGAAGAUUGGAGCAACCAGAGAUCGUGGAAACGUUACAAAGAGUUACAGGGGUUUCAUUGGAGGAUGUUAGACUGACUAUGUUAUAUGAGUUGUUAGUAACGAAGGGGGAUUAUCUGGAAGUUGAACACUUUAUAAGUAACAUUGUGAUGAUGGGCCUUUUAAACGAUUACAUUCAUGCCCAAACCUACAGAGCGGUCUGGACAAAAUUGUCGACGGACGAUCCGAAACCCGGGAUGAGAGGCGGUCAUCAAAUGGUACUUGACCCCACCGCAGAACUCGUGUACCUCUUCGGAGGAUGGGACGGAAAUAAAGAUCUUUCAGACUUGUGGGCGUACAAUAUAGCAACCAACAAGUGGACCAUCAUUUGUAAAGAUGCAGAAGCUGAGGAUGGACCGAGCGCGAGAUCCUGUCACAAGAUGUGUCUGGACCCCAAGCGUCAACAACUUUUUAUUUUGGGAAGGUAUCUAGAUACCCAGUAUAGAAAUUUGGAGAACUUGAAAAGCGAUUUUUUCGUUUAUGAAAUCGGAAAGAACAAAUGGACUCAAAUAUCGGAAGACACGGAGGCUGUGGGUGGGCCGGAGUUAAUCUUUGAUCAUCAAAUGUCCAUGGACGUGGAAAAACAAACGAUUUACAUUUUCGGUGGCCGUGUUGUCGUCUCUCCGAACAUUUCCGAGGAAUACGAGUACCGUAUGAUACCAAACUCGACCGAGCCAAUCUUUUCUGGACUGUACUCUUACAACGUGCUUACGUCUACGUGGACCAAAUUAGCCUGCGACAUUGCAAGGCCGGGCCCUCCAAAUGUUCCAACUAUCCGAUCCAGAGCCGGCCAUUCUAUGCUCUUUCACCCGGGUUCGAGGAAACUAUACAUUUUUGCGGGUCAAAGGGGCAAAGAGUAUCUCAGCGAUUUCGUUACCUAUGAGAUUGAUACGAAUCACAUAGAGCAUAUAAAUUUCAAUGACUCUAGUUCAAGAGAUAACCACGUGCCAGCAGCUGGUUUCACGCAGAGAGCCACGAUCGAUCCCGAAUUGGGAGAAAUUUAUGUUUUGUCGGGUUUGAGCAAAGACAAGGAUAAGAGAGACGAUAACGUGCAGAACUCCUUUUGGGUGUACAAUAUCAAGAAUAACAAAUGGUCCUGUAUCUAUCGGCAUGAGAACGUCGGGGAGAAGUACUGGAAUAAAAUGCAAGACUUCGUCCCAUGUCCGCGAUUCGCGCACCAGUUGGUGUAUGAUCAUGUGAAGAAGGUACAUUUCUUAUUCGGAGGAAACCCGGGAAGAUCUUGUCUCCGAAAUUUGCGGCUCGACGACUUCUGGCAGUUAAAGUUGUGCAGACCCUCCCAGGAGGAGAUCAUGAAGAGGUGCAAGCUACUGAUCAGAAAGCAUAAGUUUAAAGAGCUGGCCUUGAGUAGCAGCGUCGAGGCGCUCGAGUAUCUCCAGACCCAAGUUUCUGAGAUCAUCGAUCACAACGACAUGGAACAAACGAAAGAGUUUCAAUUGUUAACGUCUAUUCUAUUCAGAGAACAGAACACGUUAUUAGGAGAGGCCAUGAACUCGAACGGUUCAGGAAACUUGUUAGAGAAUUUCUGUCAUAUGAGCGAGCCUAGGUACGAUCAGAACGGCCGCGAUGUUCACACGCUGAGAACCGAGUUGUACGACAAACUGACCGAAUUCUUUUCUGAGUCGUUGACACAACCGCGCGCAAAUCUAAUCGAUCUGUUGCCAUUAUGAACCGGCAUUGACCGAUAGCCCGUCGAACAAUGCUACUGAACACACACACAGAAAAGCAAAGAAAGAUUCCGUUUGUUUUCUUGCGAUGGUGUUUACCAUAUGACAGUGAAAUGUGAUUUUAUCUUUAAACAAAAAGAAAAAAAAAGAAGGAAAUCGUUAUUUUUAUAUAGUGUAAUUCUUUGUAUCGUUUUAAGAAGAGAGAGGAUUUACACAACAUAUACUAUACACGUACGAGCUAACAUAUAAAUAUUAUACAUAUUCAUAGAUUCAAUCUAAUUUCAUUCGCGGAGAAAACAGCUUAACACAGAGAAUUAUGCUAAUAUAUACUUCAUUGUGAUACUUUUAAGUAAAGUCUCGUCUAAUAGGGUUAAACCUAUAUGUCUUUUAUAUGGAGUUUUCGUUUGCAUUGAACUGUUGUAAUUGCUCUUGCCGUGUGUUUCAUAGCUAUUUCAUAUAAUCUCUAGUUAUUAUUUCAUGGAACGCGAACAAUGUUUUUCUAUAGCGUGCUGUACUAUGUAUAAAACUAGCUUUAUUUUCUAACCCAUACACGUCCUAGUUAGUGUGCCAAGAUGCAUUUAUAAUUAUCUGCGAAUAACAUUUUAUUUCACCGGGUAACGAAAUUCUCCAAAAGAAAAUCAGUUCUCAGUUGUCCCCAAUGAAAUGGAUCUUCACAGAUCUUCAUGAAACGAAAACUCUCGCUCUAUUAGACGACAUAUUAGAAAUCAUAUAUAUUCUUCUAUUUUGCUGGCUUCGACUUUCUCACUAUUUCAAAUAUUUUAUACAAUUUAUAAUCGCGUCUGAGUAGCUGCAACUUAGUAUCGAGGAAAUACCUCACGAGAGAAAACUUUAUAAACUAAAGAUAAAUCCCGUGAUCGUAAAAAAUACAUAGGCAGUAACGCGAAUUGUCUUUAAUCUUCCUCAUCCUAACUCGCUACUCUUAGAUUAUACUAUUUUUUUUUCAAGUAUAAUAUAUCACCGGUUUAAAUAUUCAAUGCUAUGGACAAACAUAAAAUAUAAAUAUUCCGUUGCUUGUACGAUAGAAAUUUGUAUGAUGAUCGACUCGUUGCGCAAUCUUUCUUUUUAUUAUCUAUACGAUAUACAUGUAUAAAUAUACAUAUAAAUACACAUACAAUAAUAGAACUUAAUAUGGUAGAAUCUAUAACGAUAUCAUAGAUUCUCAUAUAUGUUCUACUAUAUUAAGCGAAUAACUAAAGCCUUCAUUAUUGUUAUCGAUUGUUUGUACUGUAAACGUUAUGCGAUGACACUCGCGGUAUCGUGCAUCAAACGUCUUGUAUAUAGCAUCGCUUUGCCGAUAUAUCUGUUGUAAACGGUUAUAUUUCUAGUUUCGUUGCGGACGUACAAGAAGUAUGUCGGACGAAAUGAAAUUGAGAGAGAGAGAGAGUGUGUGAAAGAGAGAGAGCCUGGUGCGUGGAAAAGUGCGCGAAAUUCAAAUAGCAUCCUUGUAUAUAGAACUAUUUACUCGUCGACGGGACGAAGCGAUUGUACAAUUCGGUUAUAGGUUAGGGUAGUGCGAAACUUUGUAAAAAAAAAACACGAUGAGAACUCGAGACAAGAUAGAUUAGAAUAAAAAAAUGAAAUCGAGUAGCGAGAGUUUCGUAAAUUGAUCUUGCUGGAGAAGAUCAUCUGUCGCGAUUCUUGUCCGAAAGAAUGGCUGUUAUACUUGUUGCUCGCAUAUUGGUGUACUGGACAAGCGUCUUCAAUAUAUAUCUGUCGCGUUCGAAUACUGACAAGUAGGAUUGCGAACAUUUCAACGACGCUAGCGAGGUCAACGUAACGUAACAUAACAUACGAAUUGGGUCGGGCCUUAGGCAAUCGCGGUUAAUUUAAAUCUUGGACAAGAAUGCGCUGUAAACGCGUAAUGUUCGCAAUCCGCUGACAUAUUUGGACACAUACAUUGUAUAGUCGACUACAAAAGAUACUUCCACCGUGUUGUGUUGUAUGCGCACACAUACACAUCUAACAGACACACGAACACACACCACACAUCUAACACACACACACACACACACACACACACACACACACACACACACACACGUGUAACGAGAUAUCAGAAUUGUCUCAGGAUUUUAUCUCAUCGUUAGAUUAUCAAAAUCGACGAGAACGUUGGAUAGGAACUGUAAAAGACGUGAUAUUCGAAGUUCUAGUCAACUAAUGCGCGAUUACGGGAGGCAUCAUCGUCGAGAACUGAUCGGACUGAACACGGCGAGCGCACGAUUUCUAACGACAUCAAAUUAUUAUUAUCAUACAUACAGUCGCUGCGCGCUUUAUACUUCCAUUGUAUUUCUACGAACCAUUCGCUUCUAUCCGAAUUACUUUUCAUUGAUUACUUAACACCGGACUGCGGAUGUUUAUGCAUACAUAGGUAUAUAUAUAUCCACGUGGCAGUUAACAAAUAAUGAUAUCGAACGGUUCUAUUAGACUCCAUAGAAGAUAAUUUUGUUAAACUAUAUUUAGACUUUUACUACGUGUACUGAAUGUUAUACAAACGUGUUGUUGCUAUAAACGCGUAAAAUUCGCAGUCUGUCCGUCACUCCGUACUGUGCUGUUUCGAAGGAAAACCGAAACUUACCAUCUACGUUGAACAGGAGAAACCUGCAUUAUCUGUCAUUGCCUAUUGUUAUUAAUGACAGGUAGGAAACGUGCGAAGCCUGCGGGUGGCCUCCUUCGCGAACAGCACGGUCGUUUUCCAGACAACAUUUUUUCCUUAUUUACUGGCAAACUUUAUAUCGUUGUAACAUUUAAACAUAAUCAUCAAUUUUUAUGUUCAAAUAUAAUCGUUUCGUUAACGUCGA